AUGAGGGAUCUUUCUGAUGUCAAGGCUUGUCUUCGAAAAAAGCAUCUUCAUCAACUACGUGCACUUGCAAAAAGUGAUCCCGCAUUUAUGCAAAGUGAGUCUGCAAAGCUGUGCUCAAUAUUGUACGAACGCGUUCAAGCACUGAGAAAAUUACGGCCAGCAAAAUCCUUGCUGCUCCUUUGCGCCUUUUUGCCUCUUUACUAUGAGGUAGACCUCCAACCGCUUUUCCGCCGUCUUUGGCGAGAGAUGCAGAGUGUGGACGUGCCUAAUAUUAAGAUAUUUGUUCCACUGGUGCUUUUGCCGUGGGAAGGUUCCAAUUUCGCCACCACCACCUCUAUUCCGUUAUGGCAGCGGCCAUGGGAAACGGCUGCGGCACGGUUUUCGAGUGCCAUGUUGCUUGUUGAAGUCUUUGAUGAGGAAGACCUGAGGAACUCGUUUGAGAAGCGUGGUCGAUACCAACUGACGGAACCAAAAAGUGAGGUCAUAGACGAGCUUUUCUGCACAGACGUGGGUGCAAGAAGCGAAAAGGAUUAUUAUCCUCGUCAUUUUAUCGCAUGCGAUGAUUACGAUGUGUUGUUUCCAGAGUGCGAAAAGCCCGCUAAUUUAAUUGAACAGAAGCGGCUUUUGGUCGGCUCGGAAAACCCUGGAUGGAUGCUGGUGUUGGCACCCGGUGUUUUGUUUGACAGCAUUGGUGGCAGGCUUGGAAAGGGCGGAGGCUACUACGAUCGAUUUCUUCAAUACAGUCGGGAAGCGGCGGCAGAUGCGGUGGUGUCAUGGGGUGUCGGUAUGGAGAUGCAAUUGAUGCCAGAGGGGACUAAUUUGCCUGUUUGCACGCAUGACGCGUCAGGGGGUGGCACUCGGGAUUCCCCUCUGGAUGCCGUGGUCACGCCUGCCGGGUUUGUGCGUUGCGCACAGCAGGUGUAA